AUGACAGAUAAAAUUGAGAUUUUGAAAUUUGCAGGUGAAGACGGUGCUUAUAAAAGAAGACCAUCAAGCUUCAGAGAAUUUAUCAGCUCUAAGCCAGGUGCACGUUUCCCACCAGAAGCAGGUAGAUAUCAUCUUUAUGUAUCUUUUGCUUGCCCAUGGGCACACCGUACUUUAAUCACUCGUCGCCUCAAGGGAUUAACUUCUAUCAUUGGAUUGUCUGUUGUUCAUUGGCAUAUGGAUGACAAAGGAUGGAGAUUUCCUACAAAGGAAGAAUUGAAGUCAUUGAAAACCGAAGACGAUAUUUCAUUAGGUACACCUGAUCAUAAUUAUGAUUUUUCCCGUCUUAGAGAAUUGUACUUUAAGGCUGAACCAGACUAUGAAGGAAGAUUCACAGUUCCAGUAUUGUGGGAUAAGAAGGAAGGUACAAUUGUAAACAACGAAUCUGCUGAAAUCAUCAGAAUGUUAAAUACUGAAUUCAAUGGCAUUUUGCCAAGUGAAUAUGCCGAAGUUAAUCUUGUUCCAAAAGAUUUAGAGUCCCAGAUUGACGAAUUGAACAGUUGGAUUUACGAUAACAUUAACAAUGGUGUUUAUAAAGCUGGAUUUGCAUCCAAACAAGAAGUGUACUCCAAGGAGUGUCAAAAUGUGUUUGAUCACUUGGAUAAAGUGGAAGCCCUUUUGGAGAAAAACCACAAUGGUUCAAAAAAGGGAGAAUUUUUGUUGGGUAACCAAUUGACUGAAGCAGAUAUCAGAUUGUACACAACAAUUAUCAGAUUUGAUCCAGUCUACGUUCAACACUUUAAGUGUAAUAUUGGUAUGAUCAGAACUCAUUAUCCAUACAUACACAAUUGGCUUAGAUUGUUGUAUUGGAAGAUUCCUGGUUUCCAAGAAACCACCAACUUUGAGCACAUUAAGUAUCACUACACUAAGUCCCAUAUCAAGAUUAAUCCAUAUGGCAUAACACCAUUAGGUCCAGUGCCAAAUAUUUUACCAUUGGAAGAAAAGUAA